UUUCCACUUUGGUGCAUGGGAUUUUAAACCAACUUUACCGUCUGGUGCUCCGCGUGAGAUAAAUCGAGUGCACAUUAUAUGUCAUCGUCUUUCCAGUCAUGCUAGUGCGUUUUCCUGUGUGUUUUUUUUUUACACACAGGAGGAGGGUGCUUUGAGCAGCUGAACGUUGGCUAAUGUUGGACCAAAAAACAGGGAGGGGGAGAUAUUGAUGCGUUCUAAAUUAUGGAGCUAAGGAGGAGAAACCUCGCGUGCAAUUGUGUUUUACUAUAUGGAAUAACGUUAUGUCUCUUUUUCGGUACAAAUCUAACAGCGGCCAUAGAGUUGUAUGCCCCGGCGGAGGUGCUGGUUGAGAAUGGCACCACGGGGAUCCUCAAGUGUUCCUUCAAGUCCAGGGAAGUGAUCAGCAGCGCAGCCACAGUCACCUGGUCGUUUCGUCCAACGGGAUCCGACCCCGGAAGCGCUGUUUCCAUUUUCUAUUACACUUCUGGCAAGCACUACCCAGGGAGCGUGGCUCAAUUCAAAGACAGGGUGAAAUGGGCGGGAGAUCUGAACAAAAAAGACGCCUCUGUCCAUUUAAUUGAGGCGCAGUUCAACGACAACGGCACCUACUCGUGUGCCGUGAUUAACCCGCCUGACAUAUCUGUCACCGCCGCUCAGACACAGCUCAAAGUCGUCAUGAAAGAGUCUCUCCCUCAGAACAGCACGGCUGUCAUAGUGAGCGCCGUGUGUGGCGCUGUCAUCGGGCUCAUUCUCAUCGCUGUUGUUACCUGCCUGAUCAUCAAGAGGCAUCAAACCAGUCAUGAAUACGAAGGCUGCACUUCAGUGGCGAGUGUGAGCUCCCACGCCACACGCCCGGGGGGGAAGAAGCACGAAUCCAGCUUGGAGGGCUCCAGGUGUAGCAGCCCCUCCGCCCCGGUCCAGGUAGGCGCUACAGGGCCGGUGAUAUACGCCCAGUUGGAUCACUCGGGCACCAAGAACCCCAACUCAUUCCACAAGAUGGAGCCAGUGGUCUACGCUGACAUAAGGAAAAACUGAAACGGGGGUGGGGGGAGAACUGGAGACGAAAAGGGAAAGGCCACCAUCGCUCGCUGCUUUGGGGUGGGUGGGGAAUGUUUAAAUACAGGGGGGGAUUGAUGCGGUUUAGAAUGCUAUUUUUUUUUUUGUCUCAUAAAAACCCUUGUCUGCUGAAAGCAUUUAUUGCAUGUUCAUGUGUAUGAUACAAAAUGUAUGCUACCAAUGCUUUCAAUACAACACAGAGAUUAGAGAAACACUUAAUACAUUAACUGCAUGCUUAGUAACUGUAAAAUACAUAGGUUCAAGUCGUUUUUUUACAAUACAGGUUAAUAACAUGUUAACAAUCAUCUCAGUCCAACAUUUUGGAUGUUAAAUUGACGGUUUAGACAUAGGGUUUGGAUAUAGAAUAGGAUACCUGAAAUACAUUGCCGUUUGGCUGCAAUCAUGCUACCUUCAUCUAAUCAUGUAUACAUGUUUACAAGGUAACAAUCACGUUAACACCAUAUAUCACUCUGGUACACAAGCCAUGGAAAGCUUCUUGGUGAAAUUACUUCAGUGUACAGUUUGUUUAUUGUGCUGUAGAAUUUAACAUUGCAUUGUUAUAGCUAUGACUAAAACACUGCCUGCCACUGGGUUUGAAACUGAACUGUUCAGCUGAAACAAUGAUACAAAACAAAUUUAUAUUUUUUACAUUGUUUUUAUUGUACAGAAAUGUAUACACUGUUUGCAUGUAAUUUAUUAACUAACCACAACUAAUCAUGGCAAUAACCACGUUUGACACAUUUUAGUUUUAACAUCCGUUUUAGAUUAUGUAGGUUUGAUGUGAUCAUGUGAGAGAGAUAUCAUCAAAUCUUCUCUUCUGUCUUUCAGAAGCAAUGGACCAAUUAUCUUCCGUUAACAAAACUACUUUGAUAUAUCACUGGGCUUUAAUAUAAAAAAGUUGACAUUCCAAGUCUUAUUUUACGUUAAAAAGUCAAAUGUUUCUGUUCCAAUGACUCACUCUCAAUCAUGUUUGAUUGAAGCGAUGCAUUUUAAUAAUCAGUUCAAAUGCUGUAUUAAUCCCUUCCAUAUUUGAACACAGUAGUCUUACCCCAACCUACAUUUAUGCAUAUGGAUAGUUAACUAUGUAAGAUCUAGAGCUUGUUACUGUAAUUCAUUCCUUUCUGGUCAAUGGUAGUAUCUCUUGGUGUUUUAACAAAAUAAUCAAUUAUGUGUUUCAGAAUUCCAAUUUGAUAUUGUGUGUCAUUUUUGUCAACUAGUUUGAAAAAGCAUGGCUGGUGCUCUGUCUUGAUGCUAUACUUCACACUGUCACGUCUUAAAAAUCCUUUAAUUCUUUACCCACUGGGGGGCAUUGGUUGAAUCAAUGAAAUUACAUUGAACCAAUGUGGAAUAGAUGUUGACGUGACAUCUUUGCCCAGUGGGUAGCGCUUUAGUGUUUUUAACUGUAUAUUUUUGCAGUUGACAAAAUGCUUCUGAUCACACGAGAGCUAGAGGAGGUGUCAUUCCUGUUUUCCAAAGCUGCCUCAUCCACUAGUCCUGCAAAAGUAAUUGUUAGUCUACAUUCCUAAAAAUGAAUCAAAUGCUGGCGCUUAUCUUGCGGCCUCGUGCUUGUGCAGUAUUAGUAUAUUUGUGUAGUAGUUGUUGAGUAGCGAUAUUAGCAUGUGUAAUUUGGUGCUUGUUUAUAUCAUAUCUUAUGUUGCAAAACAUGCACUAUGUCCUGCGUAUCAAAGACCACAUGCACUAUAUGAUUUAAUUUUU